UUGGCCGCAGCUGCGCAAAUUUGAUUACUUAACCGAUGGAUUUUUACAGAGUGCAGCUCGCCAGUUCGUUAUUUUAUUGUAAAGGUCGUGGGAGUGUACAGCAUUGAUAGAAUCAGCUGUCUCGUUGAAAAAUGUUUGCUCUAGUGCCCCGGUCCCUGGUUGCCGGGCUUUCAAGAUCGACCGGUAAAAAAGCUUUGUUAGGAGAAUCGCUAAAAUUGAUUCAAGGUGAGAGGCAAUACCAUGAAGUUGUCGGUGACGUCAUCACUCCCUCGCAAGUUAUGGGUAUAGAUCACCUUCGAGAUCCUAGAUUAAAUAAGGGAUUGGCAUUUACGUUGGAAGAACGGCAGGCACUCGGCAUCCACGGUCUGCAACCUGCCCGUUUUAAAACCCAAGAGGAGCAAUUGGAACUCUGUAGGAUAUCUAUCGAGAGAUACCAAGAGGACCUGAACAAAUACCUUUACCUGACUGAGCUGCACGACCGUAACGAAAAACUGUUUUUCCGCCUGUUGACGGAAAACAUUGAGGCGCUGAUGCCUAUUGUGUACACUCCCACGGUGGGGCUGGCCUGUCAAAAAUUCGGCCUGAUUUACAGGAGACCGAGGGGACUUUUUAUAACCAUUAACGAUAUAGGACAUGUUUUCGACGUCCUCAAAAACUGGCCUGAACCAAACGUCAGGGCUAUCGUGGUCACCGAUGGGGAACGAAUCUUGGGGCUCGGAGACUUGGGAGCUUGCGGCAUGGGUAUCCCCGUCGGUAAACUGGCUUUGUAUACCGCCCUGGCUGGUAUCAAACCGCACGAGUGUCUUCCGAUCGUCCUCGACGUCGGAACCAACAAUCAGGCUUUGUUGGAGGACCCCCUGUACGUAGGCCUACGUCAAAAACGUGUCACCGGCAAAUUGUACGACGAUUUUGUCGACGAAUUUAUGGAGGGAGUGGUGAAACGUUACGGUCAGAACACUUUGAUUCAGUUCGAAGAUUUUGGAAAUCACAACGCGUUCAGGUUUUUGGACCAAUACCGCGACACUUAUUGCACUUUCAACGACGACAUUCAGGGUACCGCGAGCGUCGCCGUUUCGGGGAUGUUCGCGACGAAACGGAUUACCGGGAAAAAGGUGUCGGAGAACAAGUUCUUGUUCCUCGGCGCCGGCGAGGCGGCCAUCGGGAUUGCGGAUUUAACCGUCAAAGCAAUGAUGGUCGAGGGCUUGUCGAUGGAGGAAGCGCAAGGUAAAAUUUGGAUGGUCGAUAUUGACGGUUUAUUGGCCAAAGAUCGUCCGGCCGGACAUCUGGAGGGACACAAGGCCAAUUACGCGAAAAACCACGAGCCAACGAAAGACUUUGCCGGUCUCGUCGAUGAAAUCAAACCGUCGGUCUUGAUCGGCGCGUCUGCGGUAGCGGGCGCAUUUACGCCCGACAUCUUGAAAGCGAUGGCCACUUUUAAUGAGCGGCCCAUCAUUUUUGCCCUAAGCAACCCCACGAGUAAAGCGGAAUGCACUGCUGAACAGGCGUACACUCAUACUGACGGUCGUUGCGUCUUCUCGAGCGGCUCUCCUUUCGGUCCGGUAACGCUCGGGGAUAAAACGUACACGCCCGGUCAAGGGAACAACGCUUACAUUUUUCCGGGCGUUGCUUUGGGCGUGUUGAACGCCGGAAUCAACCACAUCAGCGACGAGCUUUUCCUCAUCGCAGCCCAAACCGUGGCGGAAAACGUACGAGACGAAGAUUUAGCGCGGGGUAGUAUUUACCCGCCACUGUCUGUGAUCAGGGAGUGUUCCCUGCAGAUCGCCUGCAGGAUUUUGGAACACGCCUACCAAGAACGCAUAGCCACGGUGUAUCCAAAGCCGAAAGAUUUGAGAAGAUAUAUUGAGGACAAACAAUACAAUUAUAAUUACGAACCUUCUCUGCCUCAGCUGUGGCCAUGGCCUAAAGAGCCCUACAUCAAAAUGAGGUCCAUGGAGCCUACAAAACUAAAGGCAUAACCGUCGGUAUUUUAGACUAAUUCUAGCGUUUUAAGGUCAGUUAUUUAUUUUCCUAAUAGUAAAUUGAUCAUGUUUUCGUUCAUUGAUCAUUUAAAGCAAAUUUUGUGAUCUAAAUGGCAUUAUAAGAAUCAUUAACAUAGUAUUAGGUCAAUGUGUAAGUUUGAGUCAAAUCGGGUAUACCGAUUAAGCAAUACUUUGAAAAUUAUAUAUUUUUUUAUUUAACUCAAACUUAUAAAUUUAAUUGUUUACGGAGCCGACAUUGCCGGAAACAAAAUGUACUUAACCAGUGCGUAUUAUUGAAACCAAGUAUUCUUUAUUUAUUUUUAUGCCAAUUUGACUCGUACAAUUGUUAGCACGUUAAAAAAGUGAGCAUUUCAGUGCGCGUGUGCGAAUGAAAUCAAUAAAUGUUGAAUGUU